CUCGUGCCGGAUACCCGUGCGCGCUCAUUGGGUCUCCAACCUCCUUAGCAGAAUGCCGUCACCGCCAGACAGUUGGACCUGUUUUUUCUUUUCGCUAAUAUGGCUCCAAGUGAGCCUGCUCAACGCCGCUCUGGACUUCCUGCAGACGGCAGUGCCCCUGCCCCUGGUGCGCCAUCGUCAGCUGGAGGACGAUGAGCGGACCAUGACGGGAGAGUGCACCCUGGGUGCACUAAGCAUACGAAUGUUUGCUUUUUGAGGGCGACAACGCCGUUUAUUAACCUCAAAACAAACUAGGUGCAGUUAAACUCAGUGCGAUAAGAAUUAAACCGACCUAUACCUCUAAAUAUGUAUUUAUUACGACUUGUAAACCAAAACGUGUAUUCUAGUUAUUGAAUUGUAAAUUAUAGAAUAACAAAUGAUUGUAAAUAUAAUGAAAAACAUAAUAAAUCAGAAAAAACAAA